AUGGCCAAUCCAACAGCUUUACCCUUGACCAUGAAGGCACAGCUGCUCAAGGCUUACAAUCAGCCAUACGAGUAUUGCGACAUACCUUUACCUUCCAUGGAAGAACCCCAUGAUGUGUUGAUCAAGGUCGAGGCCGCUUCCUACUGCCAUACAGAUGCUGUUCUUGCUGCAGGCAAGAUGGCGCCCAAUCCGCCAUCAUUUCCACACAUUGGCUGUCAUGAAUUUGCGGGCACAGUAGUAGCAUUGGCAAACCCGGCCGUCUCACUCCGUGUUGGCGACCGAGUUGGCGUGGGGGGCCGAUCUUUUCGUCCUUGCACGACAUGCUUUGAGUGCAUAUCCGGUCCGAGUGCGGCGAACCCAGACGCAGAUUCCCCUGGAUACUCAGUAUACUGCCCAAAUAGCAUGAAUAAUGGCAUAAGCGGGCCGGGGGGGUUCAGAGAAUAUGCGGUUGUAGAUGCGAGACAGGUCGCACUUGUGCCAGAUGGCAUGAGUACAAUCGACACUUCAGUCAUGAUGUGUGCUGGUCUAACGAUUUACUCGGCUCUCAAACGUUGUAAACUGCAAAGAGGACAGAGGGUUGGAAUCGUGGGCUGCGGUGGUGGCCUUGGCCAUCUAGGCUUGCAAUUUGCCAUCGCCAUGGGCUUCAAGGUUCUUGGCGUGGAUAAUGCAGACGUACCUCUGAAACUUGCGAGGCAAACCACCAGCCACGCCAGGAUUGUGGAUGCAAGAAAAGAGCACGCUGAGACUGUGGUGAAACAGCUUGGGAAACAGGAUGGUCGCGUAGAUCGAGGACAUAUGGGUCUUGAUGCGGUUAUUAUCCUCUCCGAAAGCCAAGCCGCCUUCACCUAUGGGAUGAAGCUGCUUAGAAAUCACGGAGUGUGUGUCGUGGUAUCUUUCCCUGAGAAGCCAUUCCAGCUUGCAGCGCAAGACCUUGUCUUUCGGGACAUCGCUGUCAUUGGUAGUCUGGUUGGAAGUAAUAAGUUGCUGCGUGAGAUGCUGCAGUUUUCAGCCCAGCAUGAGAUCAGGGCAAGCAUCAAAACAUAUCCGCUGUCUCGGCUUAAUGACCUUGUGGCCGAGUACCACAGUGGAGGAGGCGGGAAGCUGGUGAUAGAUAUGACGAUGGCAGACAGCUAA